AUGUCAUUAUCAUCAUCAUCAAAAACUACUUGCACUUCUGAUGAUUGUAAGAGUGUGGGAAUUUUGAAAUGUGAAGGUUGUUCACAAAUAUUUUGUCGAAAACAUGUUAAUGAACAUCGAGAUCUUCUUAGUUAUCAAUUAGAUGAAAUUGUUCUUGAAUAUGAUACUCUACAACAAAUGAUUUUGGAAGAGAAAAACAAAGAAAACAAUAAUCAUCCUCUUCUCAAACAAAUUGACAAAUGGGAACAAGAAUCUAUCAAAAAAAUUCAACAAACAGCAAACAUUUCCCAUUGA